UUUUUGAUGUCUUGUUAGUAUUGCUAGCAUCGAAGCUAAAUAACAAUUAAGAGAUAGACAUUUUGUGAUAAAUAACGACAUGAGUUGUUUUUAGAUUAUUCCCAAUCGUCGCGACUUCAUUUCUCGUUUUUAGUCGCGAUCUUAAACAGUGCGGAGUCCAAUGCAGUCGGCUGUGGAAACGGUGGAGAACGCCUCCAUCCUUUCGAGCGGCUCGUCACAGGAAGGUCACCGCCUGUGGAUCGGCAACAUCGACCCUAAAAUCACAGAGUAUCACCUGGUGAAGCUCCUGGAGAAAUUCGGAAAAGUAAAGCAGUUUGAUUUCCUGUUCCACAAGUCCGGACCGAUGGAGGGGCAGCCGAGAGGAUAUUGCUUCGUCAACUUUCACACCAAAGAGGAAGCAGAACGGGCCAUCCAGUGUCUCAAUGGAAAGCUGGCAUUAUCCAAGAAACUGGUGGUGCGUUGGGCCCACGCACAGAGAUUUGAGCCCUACAGAGGAGAUAAGAACCUGCCUGCCAGCUUGGAGCCGUCAUGCAGCGAGGCGGAGGACCAGCCCACCUCUCUGAGUGUGAGUGCGAAGAUUAAAGCGAUCGAAGCCAAGCUACAGAUGAUGGAGGAGAACGUGGACGAGGAGUACUCAGGUCCGUCUCCGUACCUCUACAACAAACCUCCUGAGAAGAAGGACAAGAGAUCUCAGCCCUAUAGCAAACCCUUCCGCAGGUUCAAGAGAUGACCUCCUCCUAUCCUGCCCACAUCACCUUCCCCCCCAACCCUACACACACAUGCGCGCACGCACAUGUGCGCUGAGGACUUCUGUUUAAUAAAAUACAUUCUUACACCACUGGACUGUGAGCAGAAAGACGUUUGUGUAACACUUCCCUCUUUUCAAGCGAUUAUUUUUAAAAAAAUACUUUAGUAUUUUGUACAUUUUGUACCUUUUCAGUUUUCAGCAAUUCCUUACCUCCUCUCUAAUUGAAACAUUUGUGUUGAUAAAACAGCAUUAGUGCUCCGUCAUAUCGUAAUUCUCCUGGCUGUGUUGUGUUGUUUUUUGUGUAUUUUAAUGUCGCACAAUUAUGAUUAUUGUAAAUCUGAAGGCACAGGACUGGACCUCAGCACCGCAAGUCAUUUCACUGUUUGCCCAGCUUUCUGCAGAGAAAUUUGAUCAUGUGAUCAACAAAGCCACAGCAAGGAGCAGUGUGACACCAUGUCACGUGACAUUCGGAUCGCUGUUGAAUUUUAUAUCUAUUGUAACGAUAACAAAACACGAGUCCAUAAAACUUAUAGCUGUGCUUUUAUUGUUUAGUAACAUCAAGAAAAUAUCUAAGUAAUUAUUACGUUGGUUUUAACCCUGAAAUAGAAACUGUUGUCUUUUCAUUAGUCUUCUUAAUGUCAGUGUAAACCUGUAAUACAAGGCCUGUGUUCAUUAUUAUUAAAGAUAAAUGUUUAAAUAAUGAAUAGGCUUAUGGUUUGACCUAAAAUAAAAAUGGGAAUCUUUUUUACUGGC